AUGAAAUCAAAGGAGGGUAGGCUGCCAACAGAUUGUCCCGUUGAGUUUUCCCAAAUAAUCACUGGAUUUUCUGAGGAGGCCAAAGUACAUAAACAAAGUUCUCAAGGAAAACACGUGGAUCAGUAUCAAACAAAAAGCCCUAAAUCAAGAAGUAUUAGACAGAGAUCAUCAUCUUUUGUAAACGGUAAGUGCAAAAGCAAAGAAACUCCAUUGUCAGAAAAUUAUGGUGUAGACGAAAUGAAUUCAAAUUUAGACGGCCGAAAUAUUGGGAUUAGAAAUUUGCCACACCAGCGCGAGUUGUUGAAUGCCAAGAAUGGAAUCCACUUUACAGUGAUGGUCGCAGGUCAAAGCGGGUUGGGCAAAACAACAUUCAUUAAUUCCCUGUUCGCUACCUCCUUGAUUAACGACAAUAUCAAAGAAAAUAGGCCUAUCGUUCGUUAUAAAAAUAUUAUCGAAGGUGACGGAACACACCUUAGAUUUGGGGUCAUUGAUACUCCUGGCUUUGGGAAUGAUAUGGACAAUGCGUUCACAUGGAGAACAAUGGUCAACUAUAUUGACGAGGAAAUAAGGUCCUAUAUUUUUCAAGAGGAACAGCCAGAUAGGACAAAAAUGAUAGACGAUAGAGUUCAUUGUUGCCUGUAUUUUCUGAAGCCUUCCAAUAAAGGCAUUGAUGCAUUGGAUGUUUUAACAAUGAAAGAAUUAGCAAGAAGGGUUAAUCUAAUUCCAAUUAUUGCAAAAGCAGACUUAUUGACUAAACAUGAACUAAGUAUUUUUAAAAUGGAAAUUAGAGAAAUUAUAAGAGUACAGAAUAUUUCCGUUUGUUGUUUUUUUGAUAACAAUAUUCUAGAUGCAACAAAAGAUAUUUUCCAGAAGUUUCCAUUUAGUAUAAUUGCGUCUAAAGAGUAUGUGUUAAAUAAAAAGGGCGAGAAAGUUAAAGGGAGAGAAUAUAAGUGGGGGACUGUUGAAAUCGAGAACGAAAAGCAUUGUGAUUUUAAAAUUCUACAAAAGAUUCUUUUCGACUGGCAUCUGAUCGACUUUGUAGAAAGUACUGAAGAUUAUUACGAAAAGUGUAGAUCUGAAAUGUUAAGAACAAGGUUAUUAAAAGCCAGAGACUGUCUAACCACCAACACGGUUGAAAUAACGGAUGAACAGAGAAAGUUUUUGCAAGAGGAGAUGAACUUUGAAGACAUUGAAGAGAACAAAUUGAAAAAUUAUAAAUGCUAUGAAAUAAUCAAUAAAGUGAUUAUGGAUAAAGUGGCUACAGAAUGGGACCCUGAAUUUAUAACCAGACAGCUAGAGGCCAAGAAAAGGUUCAACGAUAUUUCCAACCAAGAGAUUCUCAAGAUUAAGGAAUGGAAAAAAAGCCUAUUUAUGAAACAGGAAAACUUCAAUCAAGAAAUCGAAGAACUGAAUCAUAAUUUGGAGAACUUACAAUUGGAAUGUCAAGAUUUAGAAUACAGGUUACUAAUGGAUAAGAGUUCCAACCAUCAUUCAACGGAUAGUGCUACUUUAGUGAACGUUCACAUCAAGAGAUGA